ACGCAAAGACAUAGAUACAUCAUCAUUCACACCCAAAAAAAAAAACUUCUCUCAUUCUCUCUCUCAUACUUUCUCUCUCUAAAAUCAAAAUACUUUCUCUCUCUAAAAAGUACAGUGAAGAAGAAGAAGAAACAGUUCUGGUUUAGGAGAAGUUUCAUGGACUUCGACUCAAACUGAAAAAACCUCACAAAACCCAUUUUUCAGGAACUGUGUUGUUUUAUCCGGUGUUGACUUCAAAGCUUGUAUAAAGAGAGAGAGAGUUAGAAAUUGGAGAAUGGAACAUAAUUUGGGUCAAGAAUCUGGUCCUGGAGCUGAUAAGUCUAGGGUUUUGAAUGUGAAGCCUUUGAGGACUCUUGUUCCUGUGUUUCCUUCACCGUCCAAUCCUUCGUCGUCUUCAACUCCACAAGGUGGUGCUCCUUUUGUAUGUGUUUCUCCUGCAGGACCUUUUCCAUCUGGUGUUGCACCGUUUUACCCUUUCUUCGUCUCGCCAGAGUCUCAGAGGCUUUCUGAACAGCAUGCACCGAACGCAACUCCUCAACGUGCCACACCAAUAUCUACUGCUGUUCCAAUUAAUUCAUUCAAGACUCCAAUUGCGGCGACAAAUGGAGAUGUGGGUUCUUCACGGAAGAAUAAGGGGAGUCGUGGUGGACAACUCACAGGGGAAGACGGUUACGACAAUGAAGUAAUUGAUUUAGAAGAUGGAACUGGAGAUGGGAGUUCAAAGCAGCGCAAGAAGAGGGGAAGGGCAAAGCGUGCUAGUGGUGCUGGUACUGCUGGUAGUGGUGCCAGUGCGGUUACUAUUGAGGUUGAUUUGGAUGCCGUUGCUAAUGAUAUUCUUCAAACAAUUAACCCCAUGGUUUUUGAUGUGAUAAACCAUCCUGAUGGUAGUAGGGAUUCAGUUUCAUUUACACUUAUGAUAUAUGAAGUGCUGCGAAGGAAGCUUGGACAAAUUGAAGAGUCAACAAAGGAUGCUAAUUCUGGAGCGAAGCGGCCUGAUUUGAAGGCAGGAACGGUUAUGAUGACUAAAGGGGUUAGGAGUAACAGCAAGAAAAGGAUUGGAAUUGUGCCCGGUGUUGAUGUUGGGGAUAUUUUCUAUUUCCGGUUUGAGAUGUGCUUAGUGGGACUACAUUCACCUUCUAUGGCUGGAAUUGAUUACUUGGGUUCCAAAGCAAGUCAAGAGGAAGAGCCAUUGGCUGUUAGUAUUGUCUCAUCUGGAGGUUAUGAAGAUAAUACCGACGAUGGAGAUGUGCUAAUUUACAGUGGUCAAGGUGGAGUCAACCGCGACAAGGGAGCAAGUGAUCAAAAGCUUGAAAGGGGUAAUCUUGCUUUGGAGAAGAGCAUGCAUAGAGGUAAUGAUGUGAGAGUAAUUAGGGGUUUGAAGGAUGUAAUGCAUCCAACUGGGAAGGUAUAUGUCUAUGACGGCAUGUACAGGAUUCAGGACUCAUGGGUGGAGAAAGCAAAAUCUGGUUUCAAUGUAUUUAAGUAUAAAUUGGUAAGGGUGCAGGGACAACCUGCAGCAUAUACGAUAUGGAAAUCUGUUCAACAAUGGACCGAUAAGUCGGUUCCAAGAACAGGGGUUAUAUUGCCUGAUCUUACUUCUGGGGGUGAAAAAGUACCUGUUUGUCUUGUGAAUGAUGUUGAUAACGAGAAGGGCCCUGCAUAUUUCACUUACAUCCCUACUCUCAAGAAUCCGAGGCCAGUUGCUCCUUUGGAGUCUUCUGCUGGAUGCUCUUGUAUUGGUGGUUGUCAACCUGGAAAUUUUAACUGUCCUUGCAUUCAAAAGAACGGAGGUUAUCUCCCUUACUCUGCAGCCGGGUUAGUCGCGGACCUAAAAUCCGUGAUACAUGAGUGCGGUCCUUCAUGUCAGUGUCCUCCUACUUGCCGAAGCCGGGUUUCCCAAGGUGGACUGAAGUUUCGUUUGGAGGUGUUCAGAACCAACAAUAAAGGAUGGGGUCUAAGAUCAUGGGAUGCUAUUCGUGCUGGAACUUUUAUAUGUGAGUAUGCAGGAGAAGUAAUAGAUAAUGCUAGAGCUGAGAUGCUAUUUGCUGAAAAUGAUGAUGAAUACAUUUUUGAUUCUACUCGCAUUUAUCAGCAAUUGGAAGUUUUUCCUGCUGACAUCGAAGCUCCUAAGAUCCCGUCUCCACUGUAUAUAACAGCGAAAAAUGAAGGGAAUGUUGCUCGGUUUAUGAAUCACAGCUGCUCUCCAAAUGUAUUAUGGCGUCCAAUUGUACGUGACAAUAAGAAUGAAUCAGAUCUCCACAUUGCUUUCUUUGCAAUUAGACACAUCCCUCCGAUGAUGGAGUUAACUUAUGAUUAUGGGACAAAUCUUCCUCUCAAAGCUGGGCAAAGGAAAAAGAAAUGCUUAUGUGGAUCUGUGAGAUGCAGGGGAUACUUUUGUUAAUUGUAUGUAAGCUCUAGUUAUGUCAGACAGCAGCAGGAAGGAAUUAUGUAGAAAGAAGUUAGCAGACCAACUUUUCGUUUUGGCAGUUCUAGUUGAAUUGGCGCCAGAAGUAUCAGGUUUUCAACUUUUGAAAAGUUAACUGUAACUCUGUAAGACUCAUUUUGUGUAAGUUAUUUCCUUUUGGCCGUUGGCUUGCCUGUAAUUUCUCUUGGUGGGAAGGAUUUUGAGCAGGAUCUUUUAGUAGAUUUGGUAAGGAUGAAAACCUAACAUGUAGAAUCAAAUAUUUAGCUUGUUUGUUGCCAUCGUUUCCAGAUUUCA